CCCACCGUUGUGAUGACCCUGCAGAGACACCGUACGUGAGUAAAAGGCGCAGUAGUCAACUUGGAGGUUUGUUUUGUGUGUGUUUUUUAAACCGGAUAGCUGCAGACUGUGCGUGUGUGUGCACAGAAUAAACCAAAGAGGAGGACGGACGCUGUAUUAUAAAUGGAUGCUGCUAACUCUCAGUGGGAGAGGAGGUGUUUCGGUCUAACGAGUGACCAUGUUAACUGGUGACCGUUAGCCGAAAACGCGACGAACGUCGAAGAACAAGAAGAGAGAAUACGUAGCUGUCAAACAAAAACACGAAAGACAAAUCAGAGAUUUAACAGGUGACAUCUUGCUGGUCUGAGCACAUAACCUGCACCAUGGGGAAGAGAUACUACUGUGACUACUGCGACCGGUCCUUUCAGGACAACAUGCAUAACAGGAAGAAACAUUUGAAUGGUGUUCAGCAUCACAGAGCCAAGAAGGCCUGGUUUGACCAUUUUAGAGACUCUUCAGCCAUUCUGCACGAUGAGCAAACAAAGAAACCGUGCAGGAAGUUUCUCCAAAAAGGAAUUUGUGAUUUUGGCCCUAAUUGCAGAUUUUCUCACAUGUCUGAAGAGGACCUCUUUAACUUAAAAAGACAGGUGGAAGAUGAAAGACAGCGCAGAGAGGACUCUGUAGACAGAAUCAUACCUGGUCGAAGUAUCGAAGAAUGGCUCUCUAGAAGAGAAAAGAGGCUGGCUGCCCUCAGCACCAAAGGGGAUAUAAAAACUGAGGAAGACAGUGAAGACUGCCAAGCAGAAAGUGACGUACCUCCACAGCUCCUCUCCAUUCCCGACCUUCCACCCUCUCUUAUACCUCCUCCUCCAGGAGGAUGGAAAGUCACAGUGAACACAGAAUGGGGUUAAGAGGUAUCCACUUUGUGGUUCAAAUCACUGCUGAGUGGAUAUGUGACAUGAAUAGGAGAAGGAACGGUACAGAACACAUAUGUUAUUCAGAGAUGCUGUCAGGUUCAUAUGUCAAGUAACUAGAUUUGUCAGUUAAUACUAAGAAUUUGCUGCCAUGUCCCGUUUUUUUUAGGUUCGUCUUUACAGUGACACUCAUUUCUAAAAUACAGCAAAUGUAUAAGCAAAUUAUAUUUAUCUAUACAGGCAAUCCAAAAUAACCUUUAUAACUGACACUGUGUUCCUGUGUGCCUUUACAGUUAGACUUUAUUGAGUUAUAUUUGACGUCAUGAAGUCCCAGAAGGUAUGGAGAAUUGCUGAGCAGAUGGAAAUAAUUUUUUUUUCUUUUAUUUUAAUCCCGUGCUGCGUCACCGGGGGGAAUCACUGAUCUGACUGAAUUUUUUUUUUCUUUUCUUUUUUUAACCCAGCCACUGGAAAACACCACUUAACUUCCUAAAUAGUAAAGAUGGUAAAUAAAAUGUAAAAAGGUACUUUUUAAAGUAAAUGGUUGGCUUUGAAAAGUGCAACUAAUAUUUCAUAUUGUCAUGUCAUAUUUAACUAUUGAGCAUGUGGCUUUAUUUAUUGUUUGUCAGUCCUCUUUGUAUGUCCCGUAACCCCCCUUCAAACGCAUCCCUCACUGUAGCCCUAAUUAUGUUCAUUAAAAUGUAACUAAA